AUGUCGUCGCCUGCAACCCUACCUCCCUUCGGACGGCUAAAUCUUAUUUGUAUGUGGUUAGAAUCGAUAAUGUACGGUGCCAACGUCAUCUUAUACGGUGGAUGUAUUUAUGUCAUAGCGUCGAGAAAUAAACAUGGUGCCUCCAGCUCUUACAGGCUCUUGUUAAGCACAUCUACGCUCUCAAUUUCUAUAGCUACUGCCCAUGUGAUCCUUUCAUUUCUGCAAUUGUUAAAGGCAUUUACGGAUCCAGCGAUCGCUUCGCAGCCAGACGGAGCAGACAAAUAUUUUAGCAUUCAGGGUGGGAAUGGACUCUUUGUAGCUGGCACCGGAUUGUACGUCACAAAUCUUUUCCUUCAAGACGUCGUAUUGGUUUGGCGCUUGUACGUCGUCUGGGACCAGAACUGGAAGCUAUGCGUGAUACCUGUUAUUUCUCUGAUUGUGUUAUACGUAAAUGCGUUAAUCGCUGUGGCAAAUAUUUCUCCGCCUGGUGCAACCAUCCUAGAGUCUAAUGUACUCCCGUUUGCAAUGACCAGUUGGGCACUAGACCUGACAGUCAAUGUCGUGGCUACCUGUGGUAUUGCAUAUCGUCUCUGGCAAGCUAGCAGGAGAAUCACCGUAUUCAAAGGACGAUAUACAUACAAGAGCACAAUCUUCAUGAUGAUAGAGUCUGGUUUCCUUGCUGUUUUGUGCACCAGCGUCAUUGUAGGCCUACUGGCAAGUCAAGACAUUGCUGGAAAUGUAGGAAUCAAUUUGCACAUGCAAGCUGCUACGACAAUUCCACUGUUAAUUGUGGUGCGGGUUGGGUUUAGCCUCAGACGUGGAAACGAUACACGUACGACUACAUUACCUUCGAUAGGAAGAGAAGGCCGGUUGCCAAUGAUUUAUGCUCCUGCAGAGCUAAGCAAUCCUGAGUAUGGCCAUACGGUGGAUGAGGAUACGUCGUCAGAGGUUUGGAAUAUGCCUAAUAGAAAGCUCUGA